AUGGUAUUUUUCCGUUCCCUUUCUCGUCAACUGCGACGGCCUACCACCCAAUUCAUUUCCGCUGGGCCCAAGUCGACUGUUGCCACCAGCUCCUUCGCGUGGGCCCCGGUGUCUGGUGCUAUCUCCAAUGCACGUAUGCUAACCGCCUCUGCCAAACUUCAGGGCAAGGUUCUUCUCGUUCUCUACGACGGUGGUGAGCACUCCAAGCAGCAGCCCGGUCUCCUGGGUACCACCGAGAACGAGCUCGGCAUCCGCAAGUGGCUCGAGGACCAGGGCCAUACCCUCGUCACCACCUCCGACAAGGAGGGCGAGAACUCCACCUUCGACAAGGAGCUCGUCGACGCCGAGGUCAUCAUCACCACUCCGUUCGUAUCCCCCUUCGCCGAACUGAAAUGUUUCCACCCUGGUUACCUGACCGCUGAGCGCCUCGCCAAGGCCAAGAACCUGAAGCUUGCUGUCACUGCCGGUAUUGGCUCUGAUCACGUUGAUCUCAAUGCCGCCAACAAGACCAACGGUGGUAUCACCGUUGCUGAGGUCACCGGCAGCAACGUCGUUUCCGUCGCUGAGCACGUUGUCAUGACCAUCCUCACCCUGGUCCGCAACUUCGUCCCCGCCCACGACCAGAUCCGCAACGGUGAGUGGGACGUCGCCGCCGUUGCCAAGAACGAAUUCGACCUUGAGGGCAAGGUCGUCGGUACCGUUGCUGUCGGCCGUAUCGGUGAGCGUGUCCUGCGCCGCCUGAAGCCCUUCGACUGCAAGGAGCUCCUGUACUAUGACUACCAGCCCCUGUCCGCCGAGGCCGAGAAGGAGAUCGGCUGUCGCCGUGUUGAGAACCUCGAGGAGAUGCUGGCUCAGUGCGACGUCGUCACCAUCAACUGCCCUCUGCACGAGAAGACCCGCGGUCUGUUCAACAAGGACCUGAUUUCCAAGAUGAAGCCCGGUGCCUGGCUCGUCAACACUGCCCGUGGCGCCAUUGUCGUCAAAGAGGACGUCGCCGAGGCUCUCAAGUCUGGUCACCUCCGCGGCUACGGUGGUGAUGUUUGGUUCCCCCAGCCCGCUCCCAAGGACCACCCCCUGCGCUACGCCGAGCACCCCUGGGGUGGUGGCAAUGCCAUGGUUCCCCACAUGUCCGGCACCUCCAUCGAUGCUCAGGUCCGCUACGCCCAGGGCACCAAGAACAUCCUGGAAAGCUACUUCUCCGGCCGUGAGGACUACCGCCCUGAGGACCUGAUCGUCCACAAGGGUGACUAUGCCACCAAGGCCUACGGCCAGCGCAAGUAA